AUGGAACCAGCUUCGCAGCCCCAGCCGGUCCAAGCACCAUACUCUCGGAUCCGCCGCGCGGUCUCGCGGCCCUGGGACUUCCUCAAAGCUCACCUCCGUCCCGUUUGCCAAUACGUCCGCCGGCACUUCACCCGCCCCAGCGCCUCCGACGACGCGGCGCGCGCCCUCGCCCUCGCCCGCCGCCAAGCCCACCUGCAGGUGCUGCGGGCCAACUUCCGCCCCGACGUCGUGCAGAGCCUGCAGGAGACACCGUGGCUCGCGGCGCACCUCGCUGCCGGUGGGGAGGGCGCGUGGGACGAGAGCCAGCGGACGUUCCCGGACCGCGUGGCGGGCCACGUCCUCACGCGCCUGCAGAUGCACAACUUUAACUUUGUCGAGAGGGGGCAGGUGAAUCUGCCGGCGCGGUCGGUGCGCCACCUGGAGUCGAUCAUGGAGCUUGUCUUUGUGGACGAGGUUGCGAGGAAGAUGGCGGUGACGAUGCGGGAGGCGCGGGUGGAUCCUGAGGGACCUAGCUGGUGGUGGGUUUUCAGGCAUAGGACUGUUGCGGAGUGGUUGAGGGCUCCCCAGGUCAAGCUGCGUGGUAACUUGUCCAAGGGGAGGACCAUUCGUCAAGUCCACUUCAGGGGAAGGACCAUUCUUGAAGCACUGGAAAGCGCUGGCAUCGCGGGCGAGUUCAGUGAAUGGUACGAUCUGACCGCUGGUAUCAGGGUUCCUGACGCCUCACCCCCGAAUACCUGGAUGCUGGCAAUGGCGAGGAACUUGUGCAUCUACAACGGAACUGCGAAUGCCUAUAUCUACGAGCGCGACAACUGGCCGGACUGGUUCACUGGAUUGAAAUCCGCCGCUCUCUCCGCCGAAAUGGCACAGAUGGUGUUCGGAUGGCAACCCGCAAGUCUUUACAAGGUCCAGCCCCUUGAGGUCGCUUUUGUGGGCUUCAACAUCAGCGGCCCCGUAGACCAGAAAACCCUCAAGUAUGGGAGAAGUAUUCUCUUCGAAGUCGAGCCGCCGCGUCGCUUGGCCUCUUGCAGAGACCACAUUAAGAAGUCAGACCCCUUCUCCGCCAUGAAGAAGUGA